UCUCACUUUGACACUAACGUCAUUAACGGCGUUAACUCACGUCCAUGGCUAGAUUCUAUACGCACAUAGAUAAAUAUCCCCUUCUCUUUCUCAUUUCUUUCAUCUCCCAUCUCUGCACAGCUUCUUAGUAGAUCCUGCCCUCUCUCUUCGUCUUCGUUCUGUGAGAAGGAAAGAUGGGGCUCUCAUUCACCAAACUUUUUAGCCGUCUGUUUGCCAAGAAAGAAAUGCGAAUUCUCAUGGUGGGUCUUGACGCUGCUGGUAAGACCACCAUCUUGUACAAGCUCAAGCUCGGAGAGAUUGUCACCACCAUUCCAACAAUUGGGUUUAACGUGGAGACUGUGGAAUACAAGAACAUAAGCUUCACUGUCUGGGAUGUAGGUGGUCAGGACAAGAUCCGACCAUUGUGGAGGCAUUAUUUCCAAAACACUCAAGGGCUCAUCUUUGUGGUUGAUAGCAAUGAUCGUGACCGUGUGGUUGAAGCUAGGGAUGAGCUGCACCGGAUGUUGAAUGAGGAUGAAUUGAGGGAUGCUGUGCUACUUGUGUUUGCAAACAAGCAAGAUCUUCCAAAUGCUAUGAAUGCUGCUGAAAUUACAGAUAAGCUUGGUCUUCAUUCACUCCGUCAACGCCACUGGUAUAUCCAGAGCACCUGUGCCACUUCUGGUGAAGGUCUCUAUAGGGACUGGACUGGCUCUCCAACAACAUUGCUAGCAAGGCUUAAGAGAUGGAUCGAUUUCUGCAGCUUUUUGGAUAGCACUCUACUUCAAAUUGGGAAUCGUGCUAGGUUGUUUGGUGUUCAGAUUUUUAAUCCUGUAAUUGUCAAGAGAAUGUAUGUUUGGUUGUGUAAGAUAUUGUUACUGUAAUAGAAAUUGACAAAUUAUCCCUAUAGGUUUUAAAAUAAUUCAUGAUUCACAGUUUUUAACAUAAUGUAUCUUGAUUCAAGUUUUAUGCUAGUGGAGUUUUUGAAGAA